AUUUCCAAGUUAAGCAGACGCUGUUAGUCCCUCGUCAACACGACAGGUUUACUUGCCUUUACUAAUGGGUCUUAUACUGAUAGUUAUGCUCUUGCGUAAAUAUGCAGUCAAAUAGAUGUACCAGCUACUGACACGUGGCUGGCACCGCACCGCAGCCUCGUGUCUGUAAAUACUGGACGGAUCUGUCCGAAGAAAACCAUUAGAUGAACUUGUGUUGUGGGUUAGGGUAGUAGCACGAUGGCAGACUACUAACAACAACAACAACAACAAAAUUAAUUUCAGCCUGAUGUAAUUUAGAAUGAGGAAUCCAGGGCGGACACGUUAGUAGGUGGCUGGACGACUCGGGAGGGUUGACAGCUUCCAAUAAACAGAUGUUUAUUGUGGCUUUAAUUAUGUGCAAUAUUUUUUAGUGCCAAACAUUUAAAAAAAAAAAAAAAAAACGUGCAUAGUUUGUAUUCAUUCUAAUACGUUUCACCGACUUCAGAACGACGGGACCAGACACCAUAAAGAAAAAGAAACCAGUUGGAGACAAUGUCCAAGAGGGGGCGCUCUGAAGCUGUGACUGGCAUAUUCCACCCUAAUUAGAACAUGUUGAAAACAGUAAUGCAGUCCACCCGAUUAGUACGGAAGAAUCAAAUCUCUCCUUUGUGGAAAUAUUGGUGAAAUCUUUGAGGAGGUAGAAAAACAACAACAACAACAACAACAUUCGAAAAGGUACAAAGACGCGGAGACCAGCCGAUUUGCAUCAGGAUUGUGUUUGUUAAACAGCACGAGACAAAGCGAAGAAAGGGCUUUUAUUUUCACAAAAGGAGUCAUUGGAGUGUACACUGCAGUAGCCGACUCAUGUGCACAUGCAUGCAUAAAUGCAGGCCCGCAUGCUAUUAUGCACCUCUGCAGGUGAAGCCUGACGUACAUCACAUACAUGAGUAACACGUGAACAGAUGCGCCCGGAAUUAAACCGCAACGCGACCUGCGAAAUGAUGAGUAAAUAGCUGUAAAAUAAGUUUUCCUUUAUUCGUACUGAUAAAUCUGCCCGUAUCUAAUCCAUUAACGUUUUCACGCGGUGUUUUGUUUACACAGUGAAUUAAUUAACAGCUGUAAGUUCGAGGCUAUAAAUUCCUUAAACGCGACGCAAUAAUAUCGCUUUGACAUUUCCUCUCAGCUGAAGUGGAAUAAACGCUUUUGCGGGUUGUGCGUCAUGAAAAGCUCACCAAAGAACAGACAUUCCUCUUUAUAGCUCUCCCUUUUUUCCUUUUUCUCCGCUGGCCCCAUCCAAAAUACAAUAGUUUUUUUCUAAUGAAGCUUUUUCUUAUGAGAAACUGUUCUUUUCAGCCAAGUGCAGGUGUACAAUUGGGUUGGAGAGGGGUGGGGGCUGGGGGGGAGCUUGAGGAGUCUCACGCCUAGGUGCGAGGAGAUUAUUCAAAUAGGGCCCAAGGCGUAGAAGUAGGGAUUGGAGGCUUGCCUGGCGCUCAGAGCUAUAUCACAGCGUUAACAGGCAGCACGGAGCGUCAUUUGAACUCCAGUCACUGACAGACGCAUUUCACGGCUGGCUCCGUAAGACACACAUCAACGCCAGUUCUCUUUGACGAGGGGACCCCUUACCCGAAGAGCCAAAUACACCCAGUGGUCCCAAAAUCUACUGCUAUUAGAGAGGCUUUGGGCUUUUCCCCCCCCGGCUGGGAGACGCUUUGUGAAGGUCCUCCAUGAUGCUUGGAGCAGUUAAAAUGGAAGGACACGAACACACCGACUGGAGCACCUACUACGCAGAGCCUGAGUGUUACACCUCCGUUGGCAACAUGAACACGGGCCUGGGAAUGAACUCGAUGAAUACCUACAUGAGCAUGUCCGGCAUGGGCACCCCCGCCAACAUGACGGCCAACUCCAUGAACAUGUCCUACGUCAACACGGGCAUGAGCCCCUCCAUGACCGGCAUGUCGCCGAGCACCGGCGCCAUGAACGGCAUGGGCGCGGGCAUGACGGCCAUGAGCGCAGCCCUGAGCCCCAGCAUGAGUCCCAUGACCGCGCAGCCCGCGUCCAUGAACGCCCUGGCAUCCUACACCAACAUGAACGCCAUGAGCCCCAUCUACGGACAGUCCAGCAUCAACAGGUCCAGAGACCCCAAGACCUACCGCAGGAGCUACACGCACGCCAAGCCGCCGUACUCGUACAUCUCCCUCAUCACCAUGGCCAUCCAGCAGUCUCCCAGCAAGAUGCUGACUCUGGCCGAGAUCUACCAGUGGAUAAUGGACCUCUUCCCUUUUUACCGACAGAAUCAGCAGCGCUGGCAGAACUCCAUCCGCCACUCUUUAUCGUUCAAUGACUGUUUCCUCAAAGUGCCCAGGUCGCCGGAUAAGCCCGGCAAGGGCUCCUUUUGGACUCUCCACCCGGACUCCGGCAACAUGUUCGAGAACGGCUGCUACCUGCGGAGGCAGAAGCGCUUCAAGUGCGACAAGAAGAUGAACCCGAAGGACGGCGGCCGCAAAGGCGGGGACGGCGGCUCCUCCAACAGCAGCUCGGAGAGCUGCAACGGCAACGAGUCCCCGCACUCCAACUCCUCCUCCGGCGACCACAAAAGGUCCAUGUCGGACAUGAAGACGAGCCAGGCCCUGAGCCCGGAGCACGCCGCCGCCUCGCCGGCGUCGCAGGGGCAGCACCUCAUGUCUCAGCAUCACUCGGUGCUGGCGCACGACGCGCACAUGAAGCCGGAGCACCACUACUCCUUCAACCACCCCUUCUCCAUAAAUAACCUCAUGUCGUCGGAGCAGCAGCACCACAAAAUGGACCUAAAGACUUACGAGCAGGUGAUGCAUUACUCCGGCUACGGUUCCCAGAUGCCCGGGGGUCUUUCUAUGGGCUCCAUGGCGGGGAAAGCCGGUCUGGAUUCUUCAUCCAUGGCCGACACAACGUACUACCAAGGCGUCUAUUCCAGGCCGAUCAUGAACUCCUCAUAAACUUUUUUUUUCCCCCCUCGACGUGACGUGGACUUUCUCCCCCUUCAGUUUGUACAUUUGUAAAAAAAAUAUAGAUUUUGUGUACAAUACGUAUUUCAGAUAUUUUUGACGUUUCCCACCGUUUUAGUUGUCGAGUUUGUUCGUAGCAUAAUUAUUUUGUUGAUGAUAAUGAAUAAAAGUAAAGAUAAUGUGACGAGAUCUGUUCGGCUUCAGGAAUGGACCCCAAAGAAAAACAACAACAACAACAACAACAACUUGCUGUAAAAUAGCCUCCAUCUGCAACUGGAUUCCUAUAUGAAUUUAAAUGCCUCGCAGGAUUUCUUCAAUCAUUUGUGUAAUUCCUAUUUAUGGCUUCUAUAUGUGUAUUCUUGUAGUGACAAGAACAGAAUCUAUAUUAAAGUGUUAUUGGUUUUGUUUUCUGAA